AUGGCAUUAGAAAUAACUAUAUUAAUAAUGAUUUUUUAUCAAGUUGCCAUCAAUGAAAUUGAUAAAGAAAUAGCUCAUUUGCAAGCUUUAAAAAAGUGCAAUACCAAAAAUCUUCCCAAAAAACAUAAUCUGAGUAG